AUGCUCGGAAAAAAAGCCUUGUUCCUCCCUGGCGGAAGAGGAGCUGCGGCUACUGUAUAUGGCUGGCUGUCCAGCGCCUGGUCCUCCUGCAAACGCGGCGUCAACUGGGUGUGGCGCGGAGCCGAGAAAGCCGUCACCACAGCCUGGCAAUACACGAAACGGGUCUUCUGCUGGUUGUGGUCCAAGCUGAGAGCUUUUUGGCAGUGGAUUUGCCGCCAAUUCUCGAAGAUCAGCCCAUUCGUGAAGACGGUCCUCUUCUCGCCCGUCCCCACCCAGGAAUUGCCCCCUCCGGCCUAUCCUUCUGGCUUCCGGCCAGUCCACUUUGACACUGAGGAGCGGUCGAUGAGCGAAGACGUCAGCUUCAAGGAGGUCAUACAACAGCAGAAUGCCAACCCGGGCCCCGUACCUCGCCGUGACGCUGAAGAAUCUGCAGAUGAACAGACCGGCUCGUACAUCCAAAAAUCGAACAUCGACCUCUCGAGCUACACGACAAAGAUUGGGGGCGUUGGGCCGUCGAUGAGGAGCCGACACGAAGAGACGAACGAAGAAUUGACGAGGAUGACACGGGAAGGUUCGGUUGGACCGGCUAUCGAGGGCGGUUUCUACGCCCAGAAGACGUACUUUGACCCGACGACGCUGGGUAGGGAGGGGUCUCCAGCUCCUCCUCCCCCUCCUCCGCCUCCCCCACCACCUGGGUACAAGCCCGCGAAACUGCCGACGGCGGGGAGGAAGACACCAGUGAAUGAGGGCCGCAAGACGCCGACGUCACCGGGAGGGGCAGUCAAGGGGGCGGUGCCAAUGCUGCCCGUGUCGGUUCUCGAGCAAAUGUCGAAUAACGUCGAUCAAUUCGGGGAAAGGACGGAAAGGGGGAGGUCAGCUACAGUGUCGGAACGAGUUCGUGAAGCUAACUCGAGGACACCGGUUCAGGGUGAGGGGCGGAAGACACCGAUUCCGGACGGGCGAAAGACACCAAAUCUUGAAGGACGAAAGACUCCUAUCCACACAACCGCCAAGGCUACGGAGAAUUUCUACAAACGCGAAUCUUCCGUCCCACCCCAGGGCUGGCGCCCCGUAUCGGCAUUUGAACCGGAAGUCCGGCUGGACAAUCGCUACCAAAACCGCGCCAAAUCCGUCGGUGCCCAAGUCGUCAGCCGCAUCGAAGAUUCCCCCAACGACGAACCACAAUAUAUCUUCCGCGCGAGACCCACGCAGCCAUAUGACAACAUCGACCCCAGCGCCUAUCUGAUGGGUGGAAGCGUCUAUAGACCAGUGCCGGAAGCCGAGUGGAUGAGGGACCGUAUAAACCAGAGAUCAAUGUCCGUGUCCAGACCGGUAACACCGGCCUCAACCGCUCCAUUUGAGGGGAAUUAUGUGAAUUAUACGAAUGGCGACUAUCAACAAGGACCGAAUGUGAACAACCGCAUCCGUGCCUGGCCCCCACCCUCCAACGUGACCCCGAUGGACAUUCAGAAGGACUACUGGCUAAAUCAGGACAACACAACCACCCACUACGACCAUAAUGGCGAUCUCGUAACCACCCGUGUCAAAAGAGUCGCCGAAAAGACCGUCGAAGACAAUUGGAAUUGGCGGGACGAGAAUGGGAGGUUGAUCGACUCAAAAUCCGAGCGAUCGUGGCGCGGCGAUAUGGACGAGCUGAAAAAUGAUGGCCCCGGCGCGGGCAGUCAUUUCACCAGGACCGUCGAGAUGCUCCCCAACAAAGAUAUCCGCUUCCAAGACACCAACCGGCAAUACAACAAUAAUUUUAUGGUCGAGAGCAUCGUCCGCAACUAC